AUGAGUCUAACAGUCAAGCUGGGCUCUUAUCUGGCUGCAGCCAGUGGCACCAUUGCCAACCAUCCCAUCCACGCCGUUCUCAGCCUGGUGACGCUGUACUGUAUUCAUGUAUUGCUAUAUGCAUUCUUGCUAUCCCCCGUUCGACAUAUUCCCGGUCCUUGGUGGGCCAGGGUCUCGAGAAUCCCCUUGCUAUGGGCAACAUAUCAGCGACGCCGCUCUCUCUUUGCGUCUUCCCUGCUGCAGCAGUACGGCCCGAUUGCGGUCAUAGCCCCAAACCAGGUGCAUACAAACGACGACACAGCCAUGAAGGUCAUCUACAACCGCAACUCCAAGAAGACCCCGUUCUAUGAAGGAAUGGGCUCUUGGAAAGGCGUCACCACCACCCUGGGGUUCGUCGACUAUCCCACCGCCGCACCCACCAGGAACAACCUCGUCCAGUGCUUUCAAAACCGGAACCUGGAAAAGCUCGUCGACAGCAUGGCCAGCCACAUCGCCGAGUUCUGCGAGCUUCUCUCGUCCUCCAUCCAAGAGAGGCGCAACGUGGACGGUGUCGUCGUCUUCCGCCUGCUCGCCCUCGACAUCGUCACAGACGUCCUCUGGGGCGAGAAGAAAACCCUCAUCUCCCAGGCCUCCACCGACACGCCCCUGUUCCUCCGCCGCUUCCACGCCUUCAGCUCCUGGAACGCCCUCAAGAGCUUCAUCCCCCUGCUCGACACGCUGGUGAAGUACCUUGGCAGCGCCCGCCUCCGCCAGCUCCGCGCCGACUGCGCAGACAUGGACAUCACAGCCCGCGACGCCCUCGCCCGCUGGGAAACCCUCCCCGAGCACCACGACAAAGACGUCCUGAGCAUGCUGCAGUCCAUGAACGCCGCCGAAGACCCAAAGCGCCGUAUCCCCACAGCUCACAUCCCGGCCUAUAUCGUCGAGAUGCUCGCCGCCGGCAGCUCAACGACAUCCCACACCGCCGCGUUCGCCUGCCACCAGCUCGCCCAGCACCCACAAGCACAGGAGACACUGCACGCCGAACUCCGUGCCACAUUCCCGGACCCCGCUGCAAUCGAUGAGCGCAAAAUGCUCGACCUCCCCUUCCUGGACGGUGUGCUCCGCGAGACAAUGCGGCUGUACCCGAUGAUCCCGGGCCCGCUGGAGCGGUAUCUCGGCCAGGGAGACCACAUCUGCGUGGAUGGGCUGACGGUUCCCUCUGGGGUGAUUGCGUCCACGUCUGCGCUUGACCAGGGCCGGGUGGAAGAUGUAUACCCAGCGUCUGGGGAAUGGAGGCCGCAGCGCUGGCUGCAGGCUACAGAGCGGAUGCGUCUGAAUUGGAUUCCGUUUGGGCAUGGGGCGCGCGCGUGUCCGGGCUCGAAUCUGGCAAUCACGGAGCUCAAGUAUAUUCUUGGGACGGUGUUUCGCAGGUUUAGGGUUGAGCUGCCGGAUGGGACUGGCGAUGGGCUUGAGCUUGCGGAUGUCUUUGCGGCUGGGGAACGGUCUGGACAUGUGUGGUUGAGAUUUGAGAUGCUGGCGCAGUAG